UAUAAAUGACAUCAUCCUGAUUGCCCUCAAUACAGAUUUGAGAACCAUUGGCAAGAAAUUCCUUCCCAGUGACAUUAAUGGUGGAAAGGUGGAAAAGCUAGAAGGCCCAUGUGUUCUACAGAUUCAAAAAAUCCGUAAUGUUGCUGCUCCAAAGGAUAAUGAAGAAUCUCAAGUUGCACCAAGGAUGCUGCGUUUGCAGAUGACUGAUGGCCAUAUAAGUUGCACAGCAGUAGAAUUUAAUUACAUGUCAAAAAUUAGCUUGAACACACCACCUGGAACCAAAGUAAAGCUCUCAGGCAUUAUUGAUAUAAAGAAUGGAUUCCUGCUUUUGAAUGACACAAACACUGUAGUUCUUGGAGGUGAAGUGGAACACCUUAUUGAAAAAUGGGAAUUACAGAGAAGCUUGUCAAAACACAACAGAAGCAACAUUGGAACAGAAGGUGGACCACCUCCUUUUGUACCUUUUGGACAGAAGUGUGUGUCUCAUAUCCAAGUGGAUAGCAGAGAACUUGAUCGGAGAAAGACAUUGCAAGUAACAGCGCCUGCCAAACCUCCAGGUGAUAAUGAUGAAUUUGAAAAGCAGAGAACAGCUGCUAUUGCCGAAGUUUCAAAGAGCAAAGAGACCAAGACAUUUGGAGGAGGUGGUGGUAAUGCUAGAAGUAAUCUCAACAUGGGUACUGGAGGGAAUCGAAAUAGGGAAGUUUUCCAGAAAGAAAAGAUAACAAAACCUGAAGGAAAAUAUGAAGGUGUCUAUCGAGAGCUGGUUGAUGAAAAGGCUCUGAAGCAUAUAACAGAAAUGGGCUUUAGUAAAGAAGCAUCCAGGCAGGCCCUCAUGGAUAAUGGCAACAACUUAGAAGCAGCAUUAAAUGUUCUUCUCAAUAGCAAUAAGCAGAAACCUGUUUUGGGUCCACCAUCGAGAGGCAAAGGAAAAGGCAGGGGACGAGGAAGAUGUGAAGAUGAAGAAGAAUUAGGAAAUUCAAGGCCAUCAGCACCCAGCACAUUAUUUGAUUUCUUGGAGUCAAAAAUGGGGUCUUUAAACAUGGAAGAAUCCAAAUCACAGUCUCAGCCACUCCAUCAGGGACAACAUAGACUAUUGAAUAAUGAACAAAAUGGAGUCAAAGACUAUAAUCAACCAAGACAUCUUCCUCGAAAUGAUACCAGACAACCAAGGAAUGAAAAACCUCCUCGUUUUCAAAGGGAUGCCCAAAAUUCAAGACAAAUUUUAGAAAACAGUGGGUUAUCUAGGAGCAGAGGUCCUGAAAGACAGAGCUCUUCUGUGAUACAUGAAGCAUGGACAGAAGAAAGAAUUAAGUGUGAUAGACCUUAUGCUAGAAAUGACAGAAUUAAAGAUAUUGCAUAUCCUUCAACUUCUCACCAGAAUGAUGGUGCUUUUAAAAAAAGAGAUAACUCUAUGCAAAAUAGAUCAGGCAAAGGUUCAUCUUACUUGGAGGCAAAAGAAAACCCACUUCCUCAAGAAACCAUAGACCACAAUAAUCAAAAACGUGGGAAAAGGGAAAACCAAAUCUCAAAUCCUGAUCAGUUAUAUGAAAGGAAAACACGAACAAUAAAUAAUGAAGCCUUUAGUGGUAUGAAAAAUGAGAAACAUUUCAAUAUGAAUACUGAUUAUUCCAAUUCUGUUAGAACUGAUGGCUUCAGUGGUGUACCAAAUGGAGAGGUUGAAGUUCCAAUGAAAGGAAGACGAGUUGGACCUAUUAAAUCUGCAGGAUCCACUGGGGCUCCAGCCUUUGAUGAUAAAAUGUUAUUUUAUAAUAGUGGACCCAAAAGGAGGUCUGGGCCAAUCAAACCAGAAAAAGUAUUGGAACCUUCUCUUCCUGUGGAAUGUGGAAGAAUGUGGAAACCAGGAGAUGAAUGUUUUGCACUUUAUUGGGAAGACAACAAGUUUUAUCGGGCAGAAAUUGAAGCUCUUCAUUCUUCUGGUAUGACUGCAGUUGUUAAAUUCAGUGAUUAUGGAAACUAUGAAGAGGUGCUUCUAAGCAACAUCAGGCCCAUUCAAGCAGAGGCAUGGGUACAAGAGGGUACCUAUGAUCAAACACUUGAGUUCCGAAGAGGGGGUGAUGGCCAGCCCAGAAGAUCAACAAGGCCAACCCAGCAAUUUUACCAGCCUCCCCGGGCUAGAAACUGAGCAGGAAGAAAUAACAGUUUUUUUAACAAAAGGAGCCAUUGAAUAAACCAUUCUGGUGAAGACCUGAUGAUGGACCUCUAGCUUUUCCUUCAAAAUAACUUCCAGAAGUGGUGGAUGUUACGAGCUAAAGAAAGAUGAGUAGAUUGAAGAAAAAGUAUCCAAUUGAUCCACACAAAGGCUUGGGAAAAUACUUUGAAUUACAAUAAAGCUAAUGCUUUUUACAUAUAUAUAUAAAAAAAAGCAAUGUGUUAUUUCUGCCAUCAAUAAAACCAACGCACUAAUAUA